GUGGGGGCAGAAAAGAAAACAGACAUAAAAGUCGCCUCCUUGAAUUCUCUCCCCAAAACCCUAAACCCUAAUUAUAAACCCAACCAAACCCCCAAACAAAUUGUGGUCUGGAACACACACACACACAGUCCUUGCAAGAAAACACACACACACAGCACAUGGAGAAAGGGUCAGUAUGGGAUUUGCCAGAUGUGCCAGAGGGUCAGCUCCCACCUCACAUUCAACUGCAAAGAACUCGUGUUCACUGCAAUUCUGAUGCCCCCACCCAUACUGAGAAUGUGCAGUAUUCUGGGGCUUAUUCGUCUCUUGGGGUGGAUAAUAGCUUGCAAUUGGAACAGUUUCGCAAGAAUUUUCGGGUUGAUGUUAUUCGACUCGAGAAAGAAGAGAUGGAGUUUGAUAUGGUUGGUAUUGACCCUUCACUUGCUAAUGCCUUUCGGAGGAUUCUCAUAGCUGAGCUUCCUACCAUGGCUAUUGAAAAGGUCCUAAUUGCGAACAACACAUCUGUAGUUCAAGAUGAGGUGCUAUCCCACAGAUUAGGUCUCAUUCCAAUCAAUGCCGACCCUAGGCUGUUUGAUUAUAAAUCAGAAAAUGAUGAUCCUAAAGAAAAUAACACCAUUGUUUUUAAGCUUCAUGUUCGUUGUGAGCGGGGUAGUCCACGUAUUACAGUAAAAUCAGAUGAGCUGAAGUGGCUACCUAAUGGGAGUGAAUUCUCAUUGGAAACUUCAGCAGCGAAUUCAACUUCAAAACCAAAAACAUAUACUUCAUUCCACACUAGCCAAGAAACUUUGCAUGACUUUUCAAAGAAGCCAAUUGCCCCCUGCCAUCCUGAUAUCAUUUUAGCUAAGCUUGGACCUGGACAGGAAAUUGAGCUAGAAGCCCAUGCUGUUAAAGGCAUGGGAAAGACACAUGCAAAGUGGUCACCGGUGGCCACUGCUUGGUAUAGAAUGCUUCCAGAGGUUGUACUAUUGAAAGAAGUUGAAGAUGAAAGAGCGGAGAAACUUGUUAAAACAUGUCCUGUCAAUGUUUUUGACAUUGAAGAUGUUGGUAAAGGUAAAAAGAGAGCAGUUGUGGCGCGACCACGGGGUUGUACGUUGUGCAGAGAAUGCAUUCGUGAAGAUGAGUUUAAACAGGAUAUUGCACUUCGACGUGUCAAAGAUCAUUUCAUAUUUACCAUAGAAUCAACCGGAGCAUUACCUCCUGAAGUGCUGUUUACGGAAGCUGUGAAGAUUCUGGAAGACAAAUGCGAAAGAGUCAUAACUGAGCUCUCAUAACGUAUUCCCAAGAAACCUCGGGCACACAAUAUUAGAAGUUUGUAUUAAAAGAAAUUGGAUGCAUUGUUUGGACUCUCUCAUUAGUCAUGAAUUAUACUAUUUCCCAUUUGUCGUAGAGUGUGAUUGUCAUGAUAUAGCUUGUCGAUUUUGUUUUAGCAACAUCAUAAUCAAGCAUAGUUAACAUGUAACUAGAAGCAGGUAAGCUGGCAAAUCCGGGCAUUGUUCCUGCAAAUUAGCUCGGGGUCCAUGGUUUUAUCUGAUUUUAGGAUUUACCAUGCCAUAUCUUGAAUUUUUUGUAAGCUAGUUAUGAACUUCUGAUAAUGCAGGCAUGUUCAUUAGAUAAACGUUUUUUUUUUUAA